AUGAAAUUAAUAAAUAGAUGGAGGAUUUGGCUCUUAAUUCCUUUCUUUAUUCAGUCUCUAGCACUUGAUACUAUUUAUUGUAGGUCCAGCUUCAGGGAUAGUGAAUCAGACUAUUCCCCUAAUUUUUCUGAGAAACAAGGAAUUGAUUCAAGAAAAUUCUCAUUUUUAUUAUAUACAAUAAUUUCCCAAGUACUCACAGAGUCUAGCAGUUCCAGUUCUGAAAUUAUUUUUGAAUACUCAAAGAAUCUAAAGAAUUUAAGUGAUUCAAUCAUUCAAGAUUUUGAUAACUGUGAUAAAAUUCUAACUGAUGAAAUACCACAUUUGUUUUUACCAUUUAUAACUAGUCCUAACAUUGAACAUGGGCACAAUAUUGCUUAUGAGGUCUGUUGCAGGCUUAGAAGUAGCAUUUCUGCAAAUUCUGAACUUAACACUUUGCUUGGUAACUCAACCAAAUAUCUAGAUAAUGAAGAUUUUGUGAAAACUUCAAUGGAAGCUAUCAACAAAUUUGAUAUUUCAUCAGACAUCCCAGCUUAUACCACGGGGCUGGUUUACGGUACAACACUUGAUCAUCAUAAAGGAAUCACUAGCAACAAAGAUAAACUUAGAAAUUUACCUUACCAAGAUGAUAUAGGUUCAGAAAAUGAAACGGAUUCAAGUUCUAGUGGUAUGAUCUUUAGUUUUGAUGUUAAAGCAGCUCCAUUUAUGAAUUCUAAUACUCAACAAUAUAUAUAUGUAUAUUACCAUCAUUCAGAUAAUUCUAAGUGUCUAGGUCUGACUAAAAAGCAAUUGGAAAUGGUUGAGACUAUUCAAAAAGUAUCUGUUAAUGCCAAAGAUGUACAAAAAAUUCCAUUAGAUAUAGCAUGUACAUCAAUGUGGUUUAUAUCUCAAAGAUGGGAUUUUUGUCCUUUAGUCUUCAAACAGUUAAUGGAAAUAAAAGGAUCUUCAUCUAUAAAAUUUUGCGAUAUGGUUAAAAGAGCAGCUACUGAAAGAACUAAAUUCAUCACUAAAACACUGAAAAUUUCCGAUUCUUUUUUGACAACGAGAGCAAUUAAAAUCCUUAAUUACGUAGAAACUGUACUAAAACUAAAUUCAAAGUAUUUUCCAGACUCUGAAAUAACAUCUAAAGAUAUUGCUGACAUUAUAUACAAAGGAGAUAGUGAUAUUUUUGUUGAAGAAAAUGAAGAUAUCCUCCUUAAAGAGUUGAGAAGAAAUAGAGCUGAAAGAAAAUUUAAUACUAAUAAGGAACUGCCCAAAAACAAUAGAUUAGGACUUAGUUAUCCAAAUUAUAGAAGAGAUAGGCACAAUUUCACAAGUAUAUUUGAUCAUAUAAUGUAUUCCGAAAACAACUCUCAUGAUUAUGAGGGCGAAAAUCUUCUAUUACUUCCUUUGGAAUUUAAAAGAUCUCCACAUUGGACAUCUGACAAACAUCUUGGUAGCAAUUCAAAAGAGGUUGUUUCCUCCACAACAGUUCUCCAAAAAUAUUACAUUCCUCCUCCUUCAAGUCUCAUACCAAAUGAUGUUUCGAAUUGGAUUACUGGCCCAUGUUGUUGGCUUGAAGACAAAUAUAAGCAUUUGCCUUCUUUGAUUAUUUCAAUCUCUAAAAGAAAAGGAUAUAAAUUACAUGUUCUCAAUGCUUGUGAGGCAAUUUUUACCUUAAUUAACGACUCUGGAGAAUCAUGUGCUAGUAUCCUUGUUUCUGCAGUUUUUUUGAUAUUUUCUUUAGAAAAUUUUUCUGAAGCUUCAGACAUUUGUUCAGAAGCUGCAAUAAGAGCAAGUUUACCUUUUUAUCCAGAAAAACAUUUAAAAUCAACUCUUUUUCCAACUAAUAAAUAUGAAUUGGUCACUUUGUAUGAAGCAAUAGUUGUUGCUUUAUGUCUUGAACUUGGAAUAGUACUAGAUAAUGAAGAUAUUCACCAAAUCAUAUUCAGUGAUUAUCCAACUAAUAAUUCACUUGUUCCAAGAUCUGCUUUGAAUUAUCUUUUAUAUAGAGCACUCAAAUUACCAAAUGAUUUCGGAAAAGUUAGAGGCUUUUGGAACUGGUCUACACAAAUGUAUACCAGAAUCAGUAAUAAACAGGCAAAAGUAAUAUUAACAAACAGAGCUACCCAAUUAACUUUGGAAAUCGCUCAAGUAACAAAUGAAAUUGAAAUAAUGAAUGAUAUCUUAGAAAAAGCAAAAAAAGACCCGAAUGUCCUACAACAAGGAGUUGAAAAUUUGAAUGUUUUGAAGCAUAAUAAGGAAAUGCCUAAGAUCAACUAUUUACAUCAUUACAAUUAUGAUUUUAAAUUAGCAAAUUUCAAUUCUAUUGAAGUAAAUUUGGUCAAGCUUGAAAGAUUGAGAUAUGAUUUAACAAUUGAAAAAGAAAAAAUUUCAAAAUAUAUUAAUUCACUUUCAGCCUUUAUUGGACAUAAGAAUUACGAUAUCCCUAGUAGUUUUGUGAAAAAGAAAUUUUCCCCAUUAUAUAAACCAUCUGUUUUUAAAAUUAAUAUGUAUGAUUCAUCAAAACUCCAGAUGGGAAUUAUUACCACAAGAUCAACAAGAAAUUUAUAUCAUUUAAUCGAUAGUGAACCAAUUAACAAAGAAUUAGAUGAAUAUCCUCCGAAGAUUAAUUAUUCAAUAAAGAAUCUUUUCCAAGAAAUUAAAGAAUGUUCAUAUUUAACUGAUAAAGGUUUAGAUUUGGCCAUUUACUCUAAAGAAUUAUUCAAUUCAUACUUGAAUAUUGAAGUUUCAAUUCCAUUCUGUUGUGAUAUAAUUAUGAGAAUGCAUCCAAAUAUCAAUAUUAAAGACUCAUUUAUUCAUUCAGCUUAUUCUGUCUUAAACUACAAAUAUACUGACAUUCAGUAUUCAGAUAUCGAGGAGAUCUGGCUGAAAAUUGUUCCAAUAUUUUCGGUUCCUUCUGGAAAUCUAUUUAAAACUAGAUUUUAUCAUUUUAUAGACUAUCAAAAGGCUGAUAAUUUUGGAUCUAAUAGUGAAAGUCCAAUUCAAUUAUUGAGUAAAAAUUCACCUCUAAACAAACCAAUAAUUCUAGAUGAUGUAAUUCCUAAUGAAAAACGGGAAAAUGUGAAAAAAAAUUAUUAUGUUAUUCCAGAAGCUAGACCAAUUAGCAAUCAGGUUAAGAAACCAAAAAACUUGAGUUAUACUGGAGAAAAUUCCAAGGAAAUAUUAGACUUAAGUUAUGUUGAUAGUUAUUGGGAUAAAAAUAACACUCAGCAUAUCAAAACAGAACAUGAUGAGUUGUUAAAUAAUGAGUAUAAAUCAUUGAAAGAAAAGAUUUUAGAUAUAGAUAAUGAGCUGAUUAAGAUUCGGGAAAGGUUGAGUGAUCCAAAUUUUGUAGAUAAAAAUAAUUUCUUCCAUAUGAUGGAAAGGACAUUAAAAGAAGACAAAGAGAAAAUUAAGGAAAGAAUUAUUCAUAUAGCAGGAAUAAUAGCUGGAACAGAGGUUAAAUAUGCUAGUGAAACAGGAAUUAUGAUUCCUAAUAAUGUAAGAAAGUUGGCAGAUCUUCAUAAAAUUAACUCGAUUACCCAUUCAGAUAUUUUAAAGCUAAAGGGUGAUGACUCAGGAAUGGACCAUAGUCAAAGAAUUAGGGAGCUAGAGGCUAAAAUAAAUAGUAAUAAUAUUGAUAUGUACAAAAUAAUUGAGAUCGAGGGAAAUGAUUUAGAUGAUCCAAGAUGGUAUUCUGAUAUGAAUAAAUGUUUAAGUAGUUUCAUUCCUCGAAUGAGAGAAGUAAAAUCAUUGGAUCCAACUUCAGGAAUUAAACAGUUUUAUCUUGUCUCUAAAGAUUAUGAAUAUAUGGAUUCUUCUCCAGGAUGUACUCGUGAUCAACUGAAAAUCUACAAAUUUGUAAUUAAAGAUUUGAGAAAAUUAUUCGCAUACCUUAAUAUCCCAAUGAUUAGGAUUAGGGGAAAAAGAUUGGAAAGUAUUGAAAGAGAAGGGCUUAUUGACCCAAGAAAGAUGGAAUACUGGGAAGAUUUACAUGGGAUUUUAUAUCAAGACAAUAAAACUGCUUGCUCUUAUAUCAAAAAGUUUUUUAAAAAAAUCAUUCCAUAUAAAACUCUUGAUUUGAAAGAAUUCACAAGUUCACCAGUUUUUAUUAUUUGGUGUGCCAACCAUAUAAAAUCCAGAUUAGGAAACGAAGAUGUUUGGAGAAACAUUUUUGGUUUGAUUUGGAUAAUUUUCUAUACAAAACCAUUCAAACCAAGGGACUUUGUCUGGAGAAAUAUAUUGCUUGUUUAA